AUAAAACAUCCAGUACUUAAGAGAUAAAAGUCAGUGCGCAAGAGGGGCGUAGAGCUUUCCACAGGCCGACAGGAAUCUAGAAGUGGACACGUCACCAUCUGUGUAGCGUCCCCACAGUUUGAACAUUUUCCCCUGUAGAUUCCUGAAGGCCUUUCUCUGUCGCCAUCACAUCUUCCUCUCAGAGACAAACCGGCAUGUCAGAGGAACCAGCCUGGCUUCGGUGUGGAGCAUGGGAACCAACUUGUAGAAGGGAGGGGCUGUUCCAAGGGCACGGUGGCUCAGUCGGUGAUGCCAGCCCUCCACAUCGUUGUUGGUCCUCACACUCUGGUUGAAGACCGACCAGACGUUCACCGACCACACGCUGCUCCUCAUCCAGGUGAAGUUUGCUUCCUGUCCACCACGUAUUCUGUCUGGAAUACAACCUACAGGAAUCCCGCACAUUGGCAACUAUGUUGGGGCCAUUAAAAACUGGGUCAGUUUACAGCAAAAGUAUGAUGAUGUUAUGUACAGCAUUGUGGAUCUUCAUUCUGUCACAGUCCCACAGGAUCCAGUAACUCUGAGACAAAAUAUCUAUGACAUGACCGCCUGCAUUCUAGCUUGUGGGAUUGAUCCAGAGAAAAGUAUUCUCUUCCAGCAGUCGAGAGUGAGUGAACAUGCGGAACUUGCCUGGUUGUUGAGCUGUUUGUGCACACUGCCACGACUUGAACAUCUGCCACAGUGGAAGGAAAAAUCUGCCAAAGUAAAAGAGCCCGGUGUUGGUCUGUUCACCUAUCCCAUACUUCAAACAGCUGACAUCAUUCUCUACAAGUCAACUGACGUUCCAGUCGGUGAGGAUCAGAUUCAUCACAUAGAACUGGCUAGACAUCUGGCCCGCACUUUCAACCGCAAUUUUGGAGUGAUCUUUCCUAAACCAAAUGCCCUGAUUGGUGAGAUUCCCAAGAUCCGUAGUCUUAGAAACCCACAGUCAAAAAUGAGCAAAUCCGAGAUUAAUCCCCUUAGCCGAAUCGAGCUUACAGACACUGCUGACGAAAUUCAGGAAAAGAUGAAAAAAGCCGUUUCUGACUUUACGCCCACUAUAAGCUACGACCCGGAAAACCGUCCAGCCAUUUCAAAUCUUAUCGAUAUACAUUCGGCGUUCACAGAUUUAUUCCCCGAUGAGAUCUGUGAGAAUGCCAUGUUGAUGAACACCAUAGAGUACAAACAGAGAGUGGCCGAUGUGGUGAUCACCAGCUUGAAGCCAAUCCGAGAAGAAAUUAUCAGACUGCAGCAAGACAAGCCGUAUCUUGAUAGCGUUUUACAGAAAGGAAGCGAGAGGGCACAAAACAUUGCCAGACAGACAAUGGCUGAGGUUAAAUCACUAAUGGGACUCAUAUAAAUGGAAAAUUAUACCAGCAGCAGUACCAGCAUUACAUACGGUUAAGCCGUUAGACUUAUAGCUGGGAGAUUUGCAUCCCAGUACCAGCUCCCAUUCAGAGUGAGCUUCACUAACACACUGUCAUGAACAAUCAGAACUGGAUAUAAUCCCCAAAAUAAGUUCUAAAAUGGGGUGAAAAGCAGCAACCAGCCUCAAUAUCGCAGCAGUUAACACUGGUAGGUGUCAGAUUUAUGUCCCAGUGUAACUCUUGAGCAAGGAAAGAAGGCGAAAGAUUUUAAUUAUGCACUCAACACAUUUUUAUUUAUGAUGAUAUAGUUAAUGACCACAUAAAUGAGAAUGACACACAGUA